AUGGCAACCAAUCAAAAUGGUCUAUGUACCUACAAUGCAAACUAUGCAAACCGCGCAAACCCAAUCGCCGGUAUCAAAAAUUAUUUUUUAUCGGAACCCGCAGCUUCAUCGAACCGAUUCGCAAUUGACGACAAAAUGGCCGAUAUACAGAAGACCCCCUUUGUAAGGGACCUCGCCUCGAGCGACAAGAAAGUCCGCGACAAAGCGGUUGAAUCUCUCACAUUAUUCCUGACCUCAAAGACUGACCUCAGUCUUGUCGACCUGCUCAAGCUCUGGAAGGGUCUAUUUUUCUGCUUCUUCCACUCCGACCGACCUCUCACCCAACAAGCCCUCGCCCGCGCAAUUUCCUACCACAUCGUUCCCAACCUCCCCCAUGCCACUCUUCACCGCUUCCUGCGCGCUUUCUGGAUCACCAUCGGUCGAGACUACCACUCCAUCGACCGCCUGCGUCUGGAUAAGUACCUUUUCCUGAUCCGUUGCUACAUCGGCGUGGCAUUCAGUGUCUUCGUCAAGGACAACAAGAGCACAAAAGCCGACGGCAAGAAGCGCAAGCGCGAAGACGCCGCUAAGAAGGGCAACGGAAAGAAGCAGAAGAAGGCUGCUGCUGCCGCCGCUGCCGCCGCCGCCGCCGAGGCCGAGGCCGAGGAUAAGGAUGCCGAUGUAAAUGAGAAAUGGGCCGAUCUCGCCGCUUACAUUGAUAUUAUUGAGGAGGGACCGCUCUGCCCAUUGAACUACGAUGUUGAUCAGCCGGAAGAGGAUAUCGAGGCAGACUUCGUUCCCAUGCCACAUGGACCCGAUGGACUGCGUUAUCACGUCUCGGAUAUCUGGAUUGAUGAGUUGGAGAAGGUUCUUGAGUUUGAGGGAGAAGAGGGUGAGCGCAAGAUCAAGGGUGAUAUCCCCAUGGAACUGAUCUUGCGGCCGUUGGAGAAGCUGCGCUCCGAGAGCCCCUACAAGCCUGUGCGCACAAGGGUUGCCGAGGCGCUGGAUGAUGAUCGGUUGAUUGAGUGGGGUCUGCGGGUUCGGGUCAAUCCUGAUGAUGAAGAGGAUACCGAUGGAGAAUGGGGUGGAUUUGAUUAA